AUGCCAAAAACGUCCCAACGAUCACUGCGACUGCAAUAUAAGAGACAUAUGCCAUCUUGUGAUGGGGAAAGAUACCUACACAUUCGUUACUAUCAGCGACAUAGAAACAUAGAUCAUGAAACCCGCUGGAAGCAACUUCUCAGCCCAACGAAGCAGAAGACUCUGGUUCAAAUACAAAGAAACCCAUGGCUAGUGGAGAUCCUUGAUGCAUUGGAGUCAAUUCGAUCUCUGUGGGCAGAUUUCCAUAUAGGAUCACUGCCGCCAAUACUAAGCUGGAGAUGUAAUGAGGAAAUCAAAACGUAUCUCCUGGCCAUGUACUCCACUUGGACUAAUAUCACCAAUGGCCAAGGUUGGUAUUGUGAUGAAGAGACUGUUAGCCUGUUGCAGGGUCUCUCUCCGGCCUGGAGCACUAAGGAUCGUGAGAAGAUCGAGCUUCUAGGGCGGGAAAAUCGGAUCUUCCGCCGCAUCCAGCACGCUAAGACGCGCGAUGAAGUGAUUGCGCGGGUUCUACGAUCGGAGGGAAUGAUACUUACGUUCAAAACCUUCUUCAAACACACUAAGCUCCUCGGCUCUAUCAUGCUGACUCUGCGACAUUUGGUAUUGCCCGAGAAAGUGCGUCCCUCCAUGCAAGCCAUGUUGGAGGAAUGUUUUAGUAAUCCGCGGGGGGACAACCGCGUCUAUAUCCAGUGCACAGACGACCUUCAUCACCAAAUGUAUCAAGAAGCACCCCCCCAAGAACAUCUUCGCUAUGCGUAUUGGCAACUCUGCCUUUUUAUUAUCCGACAUAAGGAGCACCUCAUAACUGGAUUGCAGACUCCUAAAUAUUCAGCCCCAUCCGAGUGCCGGGGAUGGCAAAUACGAUUAGGCAAGCUCGCAGGGCAAUUAGGAUUUCGAACGCACCGGAUCUUGGAACUGCAGCAAGAAGACCCCGACCAAGGUGAUGUUCGCAGACAUGUGAACGACGAGCGUCCUCCUGGCAUCUUUGAGCAAAGAAGAUUUCAACAUGCAGUGGCAACUAGAAGAGGAGUCCUGAGGCAAUUUAGAUGGAAGCUGGACACUCCUUCGGCUAAAAUGGUUCAGCACGCAGAUGAAUCUGAACUUUCUCUUCGAGUCUGUCUCUUUUUGCCGCUCAUUACAGCAGCGCUUGGACAGGCACCAGGUUAUAUGCUUAGUCGAUUUGGAGACGUUACGCUGGUAAUGCAGGCGUUCCUU